AAAGCUAUAGAGAGGGCUGGGAGCUGACCAGUUGCCAUGGCCAUGGGAUCUGCUGCACUAUUCAUCUUGACCCUGUGCAUCAAAGAGCUGACCAUCCAUGCAGCUGACACCUGCCCAGAAGUGAAGGUCCUGGAUCUGGAGGGCUCCAACAAGCUCACCAUCCUUCGAGGCUGCCCUGGCUUGCCUGGAGUCCCGGGGCCCAAGGGAGAGGCAGGUGCCAAAGGAGAUAGAGGAGUGAGUGGCCUUCCUGGAUAUCCUGGGAAGGCAGGACCAACUGGACCCAAAGGAGACCAAGGAGAGAAGGGAGUACGUGGAGAAAAAGGAGAUACCGGGCCCUCUCAGUCAUGUGCUACAGGACCUCGGACCUGCAAGGCGUUGCUCACCCGGGGCCACUUUCUCACUGGAUGGUAUACCAUCUACCUGCCGGACUGCAGACCCCUAACUGUGCUCUGUGACAUGGACACAGAUGGUGGGGGCUGGACUGUCUUCCAGAGGAGGCUCGACGGCUCUGUGGACUUCUUUCGGGACUGGACCUCAUACAAGCAGGGCUUCGGCAGCCAGCUGGGGGAGUUCUGGCUGGGGAAUGAUAACAUCCACGCUCUAACCGCCCAGGGAACCAGUGAGCUGCGGGUGGAUCUUGCAGACUUUGAAGGCAAGCAUGCCUUUGCCAAGUACAGCUCCUUCCAGAUCCAGGGAGAGGCUGAGAAAUACAAGCUUAUCCUGGGAAACUUCCUUGGCGGUGAUGCAGGUGACUCCCUGACUUUACAUAACAACAAGUUCUUCUCCACCAAAGACCAAGACAAUGACCAGAGCUCUUCCAGCUGUGCCAAGAAAUACCAUGGAGCCUGGUGGUACGCUCAGUGCCACAUUUCCAACCUGAAUGGCCUCUACCUUAGGGGUCCCCAUGAGAGCUUUGCCAAUGGUGUCAAUUGGAAGUCAUGGAGAGGAUACAACUACAGCUAUAAGGUUUCUGAGAUGAAGGUGCGGCUCCUCUAGCACCCCACACGGGGAGCACCCCUCCCAGACUCUUUCGUCUUCACUGCCAGCUAAGGAAGAAGUAUUCCUACCCCACUGCGCUCUGCCCAUUGCCCACAGUCCACACAGCCCAUGACCUCUGACCUGGUUUUCUUCACAUGCCUAUAUUCUCACCACAAAGGAAAAUUGCAUUUCCAAAAGCUGCUUGUUCUCUGACA